GCGAGCGCUUGCCCAAACCCGAGCGGGGGAAGAUGAGGGUCCACAAAAUCAACAACGUCAACAAAGCCCUGGAUUUCAUCGCCAGUAAAGGGGUCAAACUGGUUUCCAUCGGCGCCGAAGGAUUUUUCCUGGAAAAAGGAGUGAAUUUGGAAAAAAAGGGGGGGGAUUUAAGCUGGAAGGACGGGUUGGCUUUUAACGCCCUCAUCCACCGGCACCGACCGGAGCUCAUCGAGUACGACAAGCUCCGAAAGUCCUCCCCCCUUUUCCUCCCCGUUCUGCCCCAUUUUUCCCCGGUGGCGACUGGUUUUUCCUCUCCCCGGUCCUUCCAUAGACCCUUCUUUCUGUGGGUGUCGGGCUCCUCUCCCCGGACUCUUUCUCUGCCGCCCACCAAGGCCGAGACGGCGGCCAAUCGCAUCUGCAAGGUGUUGGCCGUCAACCAGGAGAACGAGCACCUGAUGGAGGACUACGAGAAGUUGGCUUCCGACUUGCUGGAGUGGAUCAAACGCACCAUCCCGUGGUUGGAGGACCGUAGCCCCCAGAAGACCAUCCAGGAGAUGCAGCAGAAGCUGGAGGACUUUCGGGACUAUCGGAGGGUCCACAAACCCCCCAAGGUGCAGGAGAAGUGCCAGUUGGAGAUCAACUUCAACACCCUCCAGACCAAGCUCCGCCUCAGCAACCGCCCCGCCUUCAUGCCCUCCGAGGGCAAGAUGGUCUCGGUGAGUCGACCCCCCAACUUGGGGGGCAACCUGGAGGGGUCAACUUGUGGGGGCAACCUGGAGGGGUCAACUUGGAGGGGCAACCUGGAGGGGUCAACUUGGAGGGGCAACCUGGAGGGGUCAACUUGA